UUACUAUUGACUACCGUAGUUUUGAUUUGUACAUUUCUGUCGUGAUCUCCUCCAGUAAUUGAUGUAGAUCAUCAACAGAACGAAAAAUACUUGUAUCGGCAGCAAACCAACCAGUUUCAACACCUUCGAUACAUUGCUUAUUUAUGUCAUUGAUAUAUAGCAUGAAAGGACCACACUUCACUCGGCAACAUCAGGUAAGAACAACAUCCUCAUUUCCACCGGCGUCUGAGAUCAAAUGUUUUCCUUUAGCUGUUUGAUGGCGAAAAAUGUCGGAGCGUUUGGGAAGUUGUUGCGACCAGGUUUUUAUAAAGGGUUCAUUUGUUUAGACAAAAGUUCUGUGCAACGGGAAUCUUCCUGUGAUGUUGUAUGAUUUUUGCUUUACAUAGAAAUAUUCUAGAUCCUGAAUUUUUAGAAGAAAGUCUGAAGGUACACUUUUAGUUUUAACGCACGGUGUAAAACGUCACCAGGUGAGUUGUGUUCAAGGUUGAUGUCUUUCCUCGUUGCUAUAAUUUGUUCCACUUUCAGCGCAAAGGCUAAAACAUUAAUUCGUUUGCCAUUAUGAUUUUUUUUUUUGCACAAAUCUGUAUUCUUUAGUAAAACUUAUAAUUGUAUCUUUAAUCAUCUUUACAUCUGAAUUUAAAUUCUUAAUAAUUAGGUAAUAAAGUGACCAAAAUUUAUAUUGAGUGAGACCCAAAAUUAUUUUUUCAACAUAUUAAAGGGGCAAUAUGUGUUUUCUUUAUCUACAGAUCUGUGCUUUAGUCCUCCGGCAGUAGGUCAGUUUCUUCAUGGAAUACAUUCCUUCUACAUGUCCAUCCACUGACCCGGUCCAGGAGGAGUCUGUUGAUGACCUCGCACCUCUUGUGGGGUCAUUUCUGUUUCCCCUCACAGACUGGAGGUGACAGCAGCCGGCUGCUGUGUCUCUGUCUUUCUAUUUUCUCUCUGCAGCUGCCGCCUGUCACUCACUCACUCCCUCCCUCUGGCAGAAGGUCGGCGGGGAUCUGAACCCCUCGCUUCUCGCCACCACCAGUCAACCAUGAAGCUUCUGCGUGCAGCACUGGCCUCCGUCUUCCUGCUCACUCUGCUCUCGUCCGAGUGCUGGGGCAGGAACGAGGAGGAGCGUCUGAUCAACCACCUGUUCAAGGAGCGAGGAUACAACAAAGACCUGCGUCCUGUGGAGCGGCAGCAGGACGCGGUCGAUGUCUACCUCGCCCUCACGCUGUCCAACCUCAUCUCUCUGAAAGAAGUGGAUGAGACGCUGCUGACAAACGUAUGGAUCGAUCACAUGUGGACUGACUACCGGCUGUCGUGGAACUCAACAGAGUUUGAUGGCAUUGACAUGCUUCGCCUGCCGCCCAGCAUGGUGUGGCUGCCGGAGAUUGUGCUGGAAAACAAUAAUGACGCCCAGUUCCAGGUGGCCUACUACAGCAAUGUGCUGGUGGAUCCCACGGGGCUCUGCUACUGGCUGCCUCCCGCCAUCUUCCGCUCCUCCUGCUCCAUCAACGUCAACUACUUCCCCUUCGACUGGCAGAACUGCACGCUCAAAUUCACCUCUCUGACCUACAAUGCCAAAGAGAUCAAGAUGCUGCUGAAGGAGGAGGCGGACGAAACCAGCAAAUGGACGGUGGAGUGGAUCAUCAUUGACCCUGCGAGCUUCACAGAGAACGGCGAGUGGGAGAUCAUCCACCGACCGGCCAAGAAGAACAUGUACAAACACAUUCCCAUGGAGAGCAACAAGCACCAGGACAUCACCUUCUACCUGGUCAUCAAGCGCAAGCCGCUCUUCUACAUCGUCAACAUCAUCAUCCCCUGUGUGCUCAUCUCCUUCCUGGCCUCGCUCGUCUACUACCUACCCGCUGACAGUGGUGAGAAGAUGACCUUGUCCAUCUCUGUGCUCUUGGCUCAGUCCGUCUUUCUGCUGCUGAUUUCUCAAAGGCUUCCAGAGACGUCCAUGUCUGUCCCACUUAUUGUCAAGUAUUUGAUGUUCAUCAUGGUGUUGGUUACAGUGGUGGUGCUGAACUGUGUGGUCGUCCUGAACCUGCACUUCAGGACACCGAGCACACACGUCAUGUCUGAUUGGACCAAGAGGUUCUUCCUGGAGCGCUUACCCCGCAUCCUGCGCAUGUCCCAGCCGGGGGAUGCGGAGCCACAGUGGGACGGAGCGCUGCCGCGGCGCUCCAGCUCGGUGGGCUACAUCGCCGCUGCGGAGGAGUACUACACCGUCAAGUCGCGCAGCGAGCUGAUGUUCGAGAAGCAGUCGGUGAGACACGGGCUGACGACACGGAGCACACCUGCCGCAGUGGUGAAUCCACAGGAGGACGGCGGCCUGACGGAGCAGCUGUACGCGGAGAUCAAGCCGGCCGUGGACGGAGCGAACUACAUCAUCAAGCACAUGCGCAACAAGAACGACUACAACGAGGAGAAAGAUAACUGGAGCGGCAUUGCUCGCACCGUCGACCGCCUCUGCCUCUUCCUGGUGACUCCGGUGAUGACGGUCGGCACCAUCAUCAUCUUCCUGAUGGGAAUCUGUAACCACCCUCCUCAUCUGCCCUUCAAAGGAGACACACAUGACUACAGGGAGGAAAACCCACGGCUGCUGUAACAGACACACACACACACACACACACAGACACGCACACACACACAAUCGUGAACUCGUGUUUAGAUCCAGCGAUUGGCUGCGGCUAGUCAUUUUCUUGUUUGACAACUUUUCUAGGUGCGUACAGCAACUGUGUGUGUUGUUUUUUUCUUUUACUUUAGUGGGUAACAGAAUCAUUAUAUUUACUUUUUUUCAUUUUAUUUGUGUGGUUGGAAUAAACAUUUACACUUUGA